AUGCCCCCAUUGAGGAGUCAAGCUCUGAGACCUUGGAGUCGGAACUACGUCAAACUCAAAGCCGACACACGAAAGAGCCUUCAACUUGUGUGUCCAAAAGACGAGAAAUUCCUCACCUCACCCACGUGGUUCAACUAUCGAGCCCCAGGCGAGCUAGCCAAAGUCACGAAUUAUUCUCCCAGUGACACCAGCCGCUGUGCCGACAUCACCCAGUUUGCUCGGGAUUAUACAAGAAGAAAACCACAUCGGCAGUUGGAGGAGGAGGAGGAGGAGGAGGAGGAGGAGGUUAUCGUUUUGACACGUUGGCAUGUCCUCUUUGUUGAACGGAACUUCAUUGCCAGAAGUGUGGGAAGCCGUAUGUACCUUAGGAUGCACGCCACCACCAUCGACACGCGUUACUUUACAUCUUUCUCGAUGUUACAAGACGAGAUGGCAUCAAGAAGGCUGGAUGAGACCUACGACGGGAUCAGCAUGCCGACGAUGUAUUCUUCACUGGCUCAGAUCCUGAAUACCACUGAAGACUGCCGCAAACAGUAUAACCAGUACCCCGCAAGUCUUGUUCUACAAACUCGGUUCUCGCGGCUCAGAAGCUUGAAUAGGAUUCAUGAUUUGUUGGAUGGCUACUCAGCCGCUAGAUCCGAAUCCUACCACCGUAUACCUCGUUAACCUUUACCUGUUCCAUCAUCUCCUUGGGCGUGGAGUGGUUCAAAUCUCCACCUGCGAACGACGAUACAUCCAUACCCGUACAAUUGUUGAC